GUCAGCCUGCACUGCUGGGUCUGGCUCUGGGCCGGGGCCCCUGUGUCGACCAGCUUGCCCCACGACCGCCCCGGAGGGCCCCUGGACUGGCUGCUGUCCGACAAGGGCCCCUUCCACCACUCCCAGGAGUACACAGACUUCGUUGAGAGGAACCGGCAGGGCUUCUCCACCCGCUACAAGAUAUACCGGUGAGUUGUUUAGCAGGGCUUGUACAUGGGGCAGUAUAUCCCAAACUCGGUCCUCAGGACCCCAAGGGGUGCACAUUUAGUUUUUUGCCCUAACACUACACAGCUUAUUCAAAUUAUCCAAGCUUGAUUAUUAGUUGAUUAUUUGAAUCAGCUGUGUAGUGCUAGGGCAAAAACCAACACGUGCACCCCAGGGGUCCCGAGGACCGAGUUUAGGAAACCUUGACGUAGGGGGUUUACAGGUAAACAGGUGAGUCUCAUAGCAGUGUUCUUUUCAGAGAUAUACAGAAGAGUCAGACCACAGGUAGUCUAGAUUAGGAUUAGACUGCCUACCAACGCGUUGGUACUUCAAAGCAGGCUGAAUGUUAUAUCCACUAUCAAAUUGCUAAAGCACGUUCAUUGUCAUGUGGGGCUUAAAGUCGUGGAGUAAAUACCACUGGAAGGAAGGCCUUGAAAAGAGAUGUGGAAAGUCCUCACCUCACCCCUUCUAGGAUGGUCUAGUAGAAAUCAUAAUGAAUUGAAGGAACUGUAAUUAAGUCAACUAAGGUGAAGUAAAUAAAUGGCCUUGGAGGAGGAGAGGAGGGAAAAACGUACAUUUUUAAAGCAAGUACUCUAGAAUUACAAAAUGGCACCUACUUGUGUAGCUAUUUUGGUUAUUUCUUAAUCUAUGCAUCUACUAUUUUAGCUGUUUUGUAUCUACAGUAUGCACCUAGGCACCUACAUAAUAUAGCUAUUGUGGGAAAUAGUACAGUUAAAUGAUUUGAGUGUAUCAAGGCAAUUACAAGCAAAUGGCCAUAUGCAUAUUCUGAUAUCUGUUCAGGUAAAAUAUGUUGAUUAUUGUAGUGUAGGGGGGAAAACGUAUGAUUUGUCAUAAAGUUGUACACAUUUUCACAUAUUGGCUCGUGAUAUAAAAUUAGUGGAAAGUGUGUCAUAUCCUGUCAGUUAUGGCUUGGAAAGGUAUUGAACACGCACCGGGAAACCGCAGAUGGGACUCUGACAUCUAUGGAUUUGUGCUGGGUGUUUUAUGGGCUAUGGUGAUCGGCUUCCCGCGUUAAAGCGUUUUAAUAUUUCUCCUCUGGCUAGUGGAAGCCCAUCACAGCUCUGGGGCCUGAGCUUCAUUGGCGGUAAGAUUAAUAGUCUUAUCAUGUGGCCAAGUGAUUAGUGGGCUCUUAAUACUUAUUACUCUGCAUUAUCACACAGUCCCCUGAGAGGCUACUGUCAGCUGCAAGGUUGUGUCUGAGGUGCGCUAGAUUACAACCAGCCCUUGAUUAACAAUAAUAUUAUUAAAGCCCUUUCAUUGGCUGGUAGAAAUGCUGAGCACUGUAUUUUAUGUCAUAAACCAGGUUUCCAUCCAACCUUUUUAUGUGAGUAAAGUACAUGUCGAAUAAAAAAUAUAACGAUAGGCCUGAUGGAAACAGUCGGUAAACCUUCUAAAUGUCUACAAAACAAAAUACGCUAGACAAGGUGGGAUCUUUUUGUGUCGGUAAAAUUAAUGAUGCGAGAAAUGGCGGUGGAAACACAUUUAUGUGCAAAUAUUGAUAUAAUAACCAUCAUAUCGAAGUAAACUUGGAGUCACGCGAUGAUAUGUUCUGUGAUCCUACCACUACGACUCGGGAAAGCAUGCAGUUUAUUAGUCUAUAGUUGAAAUAAGUUAUGAUGAACUUCACAGGGGUGGUGAAAGUGCACGGUGAUGAGCUUGAUGCUCCUUUCCAAUAAAUAUCGAGGGUCUUAUUCUGUUGACAUGAUGAUCGAUGCUUGGCUGCCGUUUGACAAUAAAAAUUAUUUUGCUCUUUUGUCCAUAAUAGGAAUCUCCUCAUGUAGGUAGCCUACCCGCACUGUCUGUGAGCUGUUGGCAAGAGCGCACGUGCAAAGACCAGAGUUUUAUAACCCAAAAUGUUUUGAGAUAAAACGAUCAGUCUAGAUUUUUAUCGGUACAUGGGAAUUUAAACGCAAAAGUAAUUUUUAUGUGCAUUAUGUCAUCAUGCACAGCUUUUUAUCCGCAACAAGUUAAUUUGAUGGAAACAUAUCUCUGGUGGGAAAAUGCGCAUAUAUGUUUUAUGCAUAUUUUAGAAUAUCGCCAAUUGGAUGGUAACCUAACAAAUUACUAAUUUGUAUUAAUCGACCAGACAAUAUUUGCUCUGAGAUGACAACUGCUAAUAGGGACAUCAUAGACAUAGAAUCACUUGACCAUAUUUCUAUGGGGGCAUAUAGGGAUAAUUCAAGGUAAUUGUAUCUGUUACAGGCUUUGGUCUCGUAACAGUAUCUUACAUAAGGACUGCAUCAAGUUAUACAAUGUUCCCUUAAAAUCAACAGCUUUAAUGGUACAAGACGACAGCCUACUGGGAACAGACGUCAGCUCAAUAUCUAUUCCACUUUGGUUCAGCUUAAUUCCAUUGAAAUUACGUGGAAACAACAUUGAUUCAACCAGUGUGCCCAGUGGGAGGCAACUAUACUGCAGGUUUUUACAGUAGGAGGAAAGGUAGUAAAUUAAUCCACCGCGCUUUCAAUUGUCGAACAGAUUGUUACUGAUAUCUGUUCUCAUCCCUCAAACUUCCCCAGGCGAUCUCAACACAUCAACAAUGGUUCCCAGUGACAAAACUACUAUCUAUCAAAAGCUAUCAAAUAGAAUAGAAUCCUGUAGAAUUGCUUUGCCAACUUUGCCAGACAACUUUGGUUUUACUGUGGCAUUGUGUGGUAGCCAUUUUGUAUUAAAAUGCAUGCAGGUGGUACUAAUUGUAUCUGUUAAUAUGAGAAGGUAUUGUGGCGUGCUCACAUGCAUAUAUCCAAUAUGUCCACUCUGUUGCCAAUUCCCAGUGAUAGUGGCAUUGUCAAACAGUCCACCACACAGGUUGUUUGUUUCAAAUUACCUCUCAUAUCUGACAAUCUAUUCCCUUUCCCAUUACACAUAAUUUCACAGCAAAACAGACAUGAGGAGAUGGAAAGUGACAUUAUUUUCCAGCCCAGCUUUGCUCCUGCAGAGUUUUGGAUCUCUGCUAAUUCUCAUAAUCCUCACUGACAGAGAGAAGAUGAAUUACCACAAGUGGGUGCUUCUAGUUACAAUGGCGGCAUGUUACUAUGCCAUCGUUGCAGUAAUGAAAUCGCACCAUCUCAUCCCUCUUUCAAUUUUCCACCUCUCUUCUUGAUUGAAUUUGAAAGAAUUUUAAUGCGUCCUCCAACAGGAAAUGGAGGCUGUUUUCCUGUUUGGGGAAUCACUCAGUGUUUUGGCGAGUGCUACAGCGUUUCCCUCAGUCAACAUGAGUAGAGAUGGGGUGCCGCUGCACCACCUGUCCUAGGCAACCAUUGCCAAAUGACAGUUGCCAUAGACACCAGGGUGUAGGAAACUGUAGGCUACGCUUGUGUAGCUCUCGUGUUUUUGACAUAUUGGAUUUGAGUAACAUAAGUGAGUGUUGGAGCCAAAUCGCAUAGAGAAGUUCACAGGAUGAAUGCCGUAUUUCUGUACGGCUGCAAUGCAUCAUAUUUGAGAAUGUAUUUUGGAAACCUUAAAAAGGCCUUGAUCGGUGUUACAGUUGCCUUCUUAUUCCAUACUCAGAGAAAAGCAAUGUAUCCCAGUUCUCUGAAAUCUCCAUUACCAGAAAUAGUCCAACAGAGAGAUGUGUGAAAAUGAAUUAAUGAUAUCUCAAAUGAAACCAAGGUAGCUACGUACAGCAGUGGAGGCUGCUGAGGGGAGGACGGCUCAUAAUAAUGGCUGGAACGGAGCAAAUGGAAUGGCAUGUGUUUGAUGUAUUUGAUACCAUUCCACUUAUUCUGCUCCAGCCAUUACCACGAGCCUGUCCUCCCCAAUUAAGGUGCCCCCAACCUCAUGUGACGUACAGUGAUGAGAGACAGAUAAGAAGACUAGCUGCAUGGUGUAGUCUAAGGAAAGACUGCAGAACCCCGAAAACUGCUGCCGUAUGGCGGGUUUAAGAUAAGACAAGCCCAGCUUAUCACAGUCAACGAUAACUGGAGAAACGAACGACAGAAUGGAUUUGAGGCUACACUUUCCUUACCUGUUCCCUUGCUCCCUCGCUCCUCUCAGUCUCCUCUCUCUCCUCUCUCUCUAUCUCUCUCUCUCCUCUCUCGCUCUCCUCUCUCCCUCUCUCCUCUCUCUCUCUCCUCUCUCUCUCUCUCAUCUCCCCUUUCUCUCUCCUCUCUUGCUCCUUUCUCGCUCCUUACGUGCAAUGCCUUUGAACUGCCGAUGCUCAGCUCUCAUAUAGCAAAGCAAGGUAGAACUGGUGAGGAAUGCUAUGGUGGCCCAGUUGAAGAGGUAAUUUAUAUGUAUGGAGUGAAAAGAGGUCAGGAUUUAUGGUUAUGCUAGUUGUAAGUGACCGACAAAUUACUCAAGGGACAUGUCUAAAAGUAGGAGUAUAUGAGUGUGCAUACAUUCAUUACUCUGUAUGUUUCAUAUAUGGAUUUCAGAAAGCUUUCCCAUAAGUGGAUUAGGCACACUAACAUCACACAAAUUAAACUAAUUGCUACAUUUUCACUAGCUGUAUGAGAGCAGACAAUUUUCCACAUUGCCCUAUAUGAUCCUUAAGAAGAAGCUUUUCAUCAUUACUCCUACUUUAAUGUGAUAUAUCUCCUAUCAAAAGCCACCCCCCUCCUCCAUCCAUCACCUACAGCACAGGUUGGCCAACCUAUUCUGAUUACAGCAGACAAGCCUCCAAUUCACAGCACAGUGCAUCAUUUAGUGGUAACUCGCACCUGUGAGGUUAGUUAGAGAGUGUGUGUGUGUUUGUGUGUGUUGGAGAAAAGAGAAAUACAUAUGGUGAUAGGAGAGAGAGAGAGAGAGAGAGAGAGAGAGAGAGAGAGAGAGAGAGAGAGAGAGAGAGGGGGGGGGGGGCAGAAAGGAUUUAAAAAACAGGCAAGAAGAAAGGCCUGAGCUUUCUAUAUCCAGCAUCAGGAUGUAAAACAUUGCACAUCAUUUCUUCUACAUUACAUUGCUUCUAGUGUAGCCUCCAGCUAACUGACUCAGACAGAGCAUGUUAAUUUCGACCCACCUCACAGAAAUAUUAUCUGAACCUGUCAGAGCCAAUUAAAACCGAACCAGCGUUUAGAUACUGUAAUUAUUUAAACACAGGGGAUUACCGCAAAAAAAGUAUUUCAAGGCGUAACAAUGCUCCCGUCUUUAAGGUUGCAUACAGAAUAACUUAGUAAUGUUUGUCAAUGUAAACAGAAGAUGUCAAAGCUACAGACACUGAUGAGAAAUCAGAACUUUACAGCUGCCUCCAGCAUUUCCUUUCCUUUCUGUCGCUUUACUUUCUUUCCUCAUUAUGAGUUGUAUUGAGUGUCAGAGAUCCGCCGCUGUCUAUGGGUUUCUCUGUCAAUGCACAUUUCGAUGAUGAUGUGUUUAUUAAGGAGAGCACCUGUCAGCUGCACACUUUGAGAGCAUUCUCCUCCCCAGCUACAUUCAUCUUCCAAAUGGUACCUGCUCUGGAUCUCUCUGUCCAUCUCUCUCUCUCUCUCUCUCUCUCUCUCCCAUCUCUCCAUCAGAACUUCAAGCUAAGGAUGCAGUGAGGAGGUGCGGUUGAUGGAUGCCCCCGUUAACUCACCCCUCCCCGACCCUUCUGCCAGACAGACAGGACAGAACGACAGAAAACCAUUAAUACCAUCACAUCAUCAGUGAGCCUUAUUUACCAAACAGUUUUCAAUGGCGUUUAAAGUCUUCUCCUUUCCAGAGAGUUUGGGAGAUGGAAGGUGAAUAACCUGGCUGUUGAGAGGAGAGACUUCCUGGAGUCGUCGUUGCCCCUGACGCCAGAGUUCAUCCGUAACAUCCGUCUCCUGGGUCGGAGACCCACCACCCAGCUCAUCACUGAUAACCUGAUAAGGAAGUAUGGGACACACUUCCUGCUGUCGGCCACGCUGGGAGGUAAACACACCACUGUGUCUAAAAUGGCACCCUAUUCCCUAUAUAGUGCACUAAGUUUGAACAGGGGACUCUGUGGGAAUGAUGGAGUAGGUCAGGAGUUGUUUUUGAUUUAACCAACCUGGAAGACCAGGUGUGUGGAAUUUAGUCAAUCACUGAACUGAUCAAUUAGCUAAAAAUCCUGCAGUACCUGCGGCACACGAGGAACAGGGUUGCUUACCCCUGGAGUAGGUAGUAGGAGUUGACCCCUAUUCACUGAUACAGGGUCAUAUUUUUUCGUCCCCCUAAUGGUUAGUAUAAGGGGGUAUGGUAGUCUAAUAAUCUGUCAGUUAUCUGUUUUUGUGAAGUCCCAAUACCACCAAAAUGCUGAUGUUAAUUCUACUGAGGGAAGGACAUGUGCAUGACUUCUAGGCCAAUAUUGGUACAGCAGCCUAUAUGAAUUUAGUAGAAUACCUUUCACAAAUAUGUUUUUGUCUACAUCAAAUCAAACCAAAUGUUAUUUGUCACAUGCGCCGAAUACAAUAGGUGUAGACCUCACCGUGAAAUGCUUACUUACAAGCCCUCAACCAACAAUGCAGUUCAAGAAAUAGAGUUAAGAAAAUAUUUGCUAAAUAAACUAAAGUAAAAAAUAAAAUAAAAAGUAACACAAUAAGAUUACAUAACAAUAACGAGGCUACAUACAGGGGGUACCGGUACCGUGUCAAUGUGCGGGGGUACAGGUUAGUCGAGGUAAUUUGUACAUGUAGGUAGGGGUAAAGUGACUAUGCAUAGACAAUAAACAGCGAGUAGCAGCAGUGUAAAAACAAAUAGGGGUGGGGGGGGGGGGGGGGUCAAUGUAAAUAGUCCGGGUGGCCAUUUGAUUAAUUGUUCAGCCGUCUUAUGGCUUGGGGGUAGAAGCUGUUAAGGAGUCUUUUGGACCUAGACUUGGCGCUCUGGUACCGCUUGCCGUGCGGUAGCAGAGAGAACAGUCUAUGACUUGGGUGACUGGAUUCUUUGACAAUUUUUGACACUGCCUAGUAUGUAGGUCCUGGAUGGCAGGAAGCUUGGCCCCAGUGAUAUAUUGGGCCGUACGCACUACCCUCUGUAGUGUCAUACUGUCGGAUGCCGAGCAGUUGCAGUACCAGGCAGUGAUGCAACUGGUCAGGAUGCUCAUGAUCGUGCAGCUGUAUAACUUUUUGAGGAUCUGGGGACCCAUGCCAAAUCUUGGGGGGAAAAGGUGUUGUCGUGGCCCUCUUCACUACUGUUUUGGUGUGUUUGGACCAGGAUAGUUUGUUGGUGAUAUGGACACCAAUGAACUUGAAACUCUCGAACACUCCACUACAGCCCGUCAAUGUUAAUGGGGGCCUGUUCGGCCCUCCUUUUCCUGUAUUCCACCAUCAUCUCCUUUGUCUUGUUCACAUUGAGGGAGAGGUUGUUGUCCUGGCACCACACUGCCAGGUCUCUGACCUCCUCCCUGUAGGCUGUCUCAUCGUUGUCGGUGAUCAGGCCUACAAUCUGGCCCCGCGGCCUUGUGAAUGACCAGUUUAAAGGUCUUGCUCACAUCGGCUACGGAAUGCGUGAUCACACAGUCGUCUGGAAUAGCUGGUGCUCUCAUGCAUGCUUCAGUUUGGUUGCCUCGAAGCGAGCAUAAAAGGGAUUUAGCUCGUCUCGUAGGCUCGCAUCACUGGGCAGCUCGCGGCUGGGUUUCCCUUUGUAGUCCAUAAUAGUUUGCAAGCCCUGCCACAUCCGACGAGCGUCAGAGCCAGUGUAGUAGGAUUCAAUCUUAGUCCUGUAUUGACGCUUUGCCUGUUUGAUGGUUCUUCGGAGGGCAUAGCGGAAUUUCUUAUAAGCGUCCGGAUUAGUGUCCCGCUCCUUGAAAGCGGCAGCUCUAGCCUUUAGCAUGGUCGGAUGUUGCCUGUAAUCAAUGGCUUCUGGUUGGGAUAUGUACGUACGGUCACUGUGGGGACGACGUCGUCGAUGCACUUAUUGAUGAAGCCGGAGACUGAGGUGGUAUACUCCUCAAUGCCAUUGGAUGAAUCACGGAACAUAUUCCAGUCUGUGCUAGCAAAACAGUCCUGUAGCAUAGCAUCCGCGUCAUCUGACCACUUCCGUAUUGAGCGAGUCACCGGUACUUCCUGCUUUAGUUUUUCCUUGUAAGCAGGAAUCAGGAGGAUAAAAUUAUGGUCAGAUUUGCCAAAUGGAGGGUGAGGGAGAGCUUUGUAUGCAUCUCUGUGUGUGGAGUAAAAGUGGUCUAGAGUUUUUUUUCCUCUGGUUGCACAUGUGACAUGCUGGUAGAAAUGAGGCAAAACAGAUUUAAGUUUGUCUGCAUUAAAGUCCCCGGCCACUAGGAGCGCCGCUUCUGGAUGAGCAUUUUCUUGUUUGCUUAUGGCCUUAUACACCUCGUUGAGUGCAGUCUUAGUGUAAGCAUCGGUUUGUGGUGGUAAAUAGAUGGCUACGAAUAAUAUAGAGGUACUCUACCUCAGGCGAGCAAUACCUCGAGAUUUCUUUAAAAUUAGACAUCGCGCACCAGCUGUUAUUGACAAAUAGACACACACCCCCGCCCCUCGUCUUACCAGACGUAGCUGCUCUGUCCUGCCGAUGCACGGAAAUCCCAGCCAGCUCUAUAUUAUCUGUGUCGUCGUUUAGCCACGACUCGGUGAAACAUAAGAUAUUACCUUUUUUAAUGUCCCGUUGGUAGGAUAGUUUACACCAUAGAUCAUCCAGUUUGUUUUCUGGUGAUUGCACGUUGGCCAAUAAAACCGAUGGUAGUGGCGAUUUACUCACUCGCCUACGAAUGCUCACAAGGGACCCCGACCUUUUCCCCUUGUAUCUCUGUCUUUUCUUCACGCGAAUGACGGGAAUUUGGGCCUGGUCUCCGGGAAGCAGUAUAUCCUUCGCGUCGGACUCAUUAAAGAAAACAUCUUUGUCCAGUUCGUGGUGAGUAAUCGCUGUUCUGAUGUCUAGAAGCUCUUUUCGGUCAUAAGAGAUGGUAGCAGCAACUUUAUGUACAAAAUAAGUUACAAACAAUGCGAAAGAACAAACAAAAUAGCACAGUUGGUUAGGAGCCCGUAAAAUGGCAGCCAUCCCCACCGGCGCCAUUAUAAUAAUGACAGCCCAUGUAAAAACCUCAGUACAUGUACAUGUACUGUAUAACCCUCAGCUACACAGUCAUUCCCCAGUGCUUUUGAUAGGCAUGUGGACAACGCCGUGAGGGUGGUUGCUCUUAACAGAAGAGAAGCUCAUUUCAGCUAUAAAGCCCUGUGCAUGUCGGGGAAAGCAAGGGAAUGGGUUUCCUGUUGGAAAGCAACACUUGUCGAUUACCUCAGCCGGGCUCAUGGAAAGGUCGCAGUUAUGAGUGGCCACGCACCCACCCACACACACACACACACACACACACACACACACACACACACACACACACACACACACACACACACACACACACACAGCUGCACCAGCUGAUGCGAUGCAACCUCAAUGCUCUUGCACACAACCAAUUCAGAGUAGUUCUGUUUGAGGAGAGGAAGAUGAGGAGCUGUUGCUUGGCCAUGAGCCAGAGAUGUGCUGCUGGCUGCUGAAUGGGGUUAUAAAUGGAUAAAUUACAUGGGGAUUUAAGGGCCCCUUUCUGUAGCGGAGGAAGAACACAAAACACAGACUACCAUUGAUGAUAUGAUACCCUGCCUUAUGGUUGAAUCUGGAUGUAUAUUUGUUCAUAUUCUACCAAAUAGCACAUGGUUAAUAGUAAUAAUAGCUGGCAGUGAAUAAUACACUAUAUUAUUCCUAUUGUUUGCCUUACUACUAAAACUGGGUAGCUGUUGAUGAUAUAGUUCAGAGACACUCUAAAUAAUGUAAACUGACAUUUGUAUAGAUUAUUAAAACCAUGUUAGCCAGCAAACGUUCUCCCAACAGUUGAAAAAAAAGACUGUUUAAACAGCGUCAGCAAACAUUGUCGUAACACUGUCUUUCUGUUUGCAGGGGAAGAGGCCUUAACGAUAUUUGUGGACAAGAGGAAGCUGAGUAAGAAGGCGGAGGUGAGCGACUACUCUGGCUCUGGCAACUCGUCCAGCGUAACUCUGGAGGCCCUGCACCAGCUGGCUGCCUCCUACUUCAUAGACAGAGAGAGCACCCUGCGCAAGCUGCACCACAUCCAGAUAGCAUCCACAGCCAUUAAGGUACACACACAAACACACACACACACACACACACACACAAGCACACACCAGACACACACACACACAAACGCUCACACUCCGCACACACAUACACACAUGCACACAUGCACACACACUGACCUUCCAUCAAACUUGAAACUUCAUGCAAUCAGACUUGUUCAAGUGGAGCAGCACAGUUGGUUAGCUGAUUAGAGAUCCUGGAAUGCCCCUUGUAAGAAGUGUCAGCUUGUCAGGUUGUGAAGAGACAGGAGUGUUGAUCAGUAGGUGGUGGAUUUCCAGGGCCAGGCAUUGACAUAGCUCAUCUGAACUGAGUAGGUGUUGGGAUGAAUGUGAUGACAUACAGGACAUACCAGUAGGUUACUGCAAUGUUGUGUGAAUAAAGAAAGUGAUAUAAAUACCUCAUUUUACAUGACAUUUUAGUCAUUUAGCAGACGCUCUUAUCCAGAGCGACUUACAGUUAGUGAGUGCAUACAUUUUCAUACUUGCACUGUUAGUGCAACAUUUCGACAGGAUGGAUUUUGUCAGGCUGAACUAAAGCGUGCAAAUGUUUAUGUUUCUUUAUUAUGCCUUUUUUUCCCCUGCACCUGGAAAGUUGUUGGAUGUGCACACACCCCUUUUGAAAAUAGGAAAGUGAACCUUUCAGAUCCUUCAUGUUGCUAUAUAGUGACAGUCACAUCUGUGUGUGGCAUCCGGCCCCUCUGAAUUUGUCGGAGCAAACUAUGAAUAACAACUAUCAAAGCUCUGUACUCCCUCAACCACAAGGCUGUGUGGGAGGUCGGACAUUUCUAUCACAGCAGAGGUAUCUAGUCACUACUCAGAAAGCAAGACGUGCUGCUUUGUCUGUUCUGUUGGGAGUAACUUUUGUAGUGUGUGUGUAUGUGUGGGUGUGUGUGUGAGCGCCAGCUUUAAUGUUUCAAAGGCAGAGAUGUGUUGAGAGUGACAGGUGAGAGCAGAGAGGCAGAGAGGUUGAGCAGCUCCAUCAGUGAAGCAGAGUGAAUCACAGAGAGGGAUGGAGGGAGGGAGGCGGUGGAGGGAUUCUUCAGCACACGCAUCAUUUCCACAGGGCGUCAACCCCCGCGCCACCGGAACAGACACAACCAAGAGCUCCACCAUGUGAAUGUGAAUUGGACGGGGGAAGGUGGAGGAUAGCAGAUGAGGCUGCCGAUGCAUCCGCUGCCUCUCCCCAUGGCCGUAUAGAGGAAAAAUGUGGGAGCUAAUUUCAGUGGAAAAGUCUGUUAGUGCUCUGGUGUGCUGGGGGUUUGCUGUGGAAAUCAUCUCCCUCUUAAAGAGGUCACGGUGCGGCCUGCUACCUCGCUACCUCUGUUCAGAGAAGGUUGUUGCUAUAACGAGUAAUGACUCAAGCUGUUACCAGAGCGGCAGGGAUCAUUUUUGUUAUGAUUUGACAAUUUCCCUGAUGUUGAUAUCCCCACCUAACCAAUGCGAUGGUUGGCAGUGUGUCUGCAGAAUGAUGAACAAUGAUAGAAAGUUUCUCAGCAGUGGGGCUCUCACAACACUGUGUGGAUUCAUAUUUAUUUCCACUCAGACAGUCCCAGUAUUGGAUUAUGUUCCCAUUAUGGCAAAAUUGCAUUUUUUUACGUUUCCACCCCGGUACUCAAUCGAUUGUUGUCUGAGUUAUCACAGGGGCACUGUAUCCAGCAGUCUUAAAGCUACAAUCUGUACUUUUCAUUUCCAGUCUAAAGUCCUGCCCCUCCACUUGCCAAUGUAACUGCCACUGAGUUACCACAUCAUUUAAAUAACUGCCUUUUAACUAAUCUCUUCCUCCUGUUUUCUUCAUCUAACUAUCAUAGACAUAUUACGUAUGUACAGUACUAUCUUAAUUUGACCAGUUUCUCAGCUGGAAAUGAAUCCUGCAGCAACAGGACAUUUGAAUUAUUAUGUCCAUUAUAAUGCAUGGCCAUUUUUGUAGGUGUUGAUGCAUUUUUAGUUAGGAUAAAUCAAGUCUGACAUUUUAAAGUGGAAAUUACAAACUUUAGAAGCAUUUUUAAACCUCGAAUACACUACAAUUAGCAUUUCUCUGCAACAACAGAGCAUUUCUCCGCGUCAACACAGUGAUCAAAUUAAGAUAGUACACCUGUAUAUCAAUCCUUUCACCCUAGUGGUCAUGAAGAAAAGCAGAAGCAGAGAAGAAGGAAAAUAAGCUUAACUGAGACUACUGGAACACAGUCUCUCUCUGUGUUCCAUGUGAAACCCCUCCAGCAGCAGCAGCAUAUAGAUACAGGUGGCCAAUAAUGUGCCAUUAAGCAUUUUGUAAUAUACCAGAAUGUAUCUGCAAUGCAAAGCAGCUGCUAUCCAUAGAGGAAAUUGAAUGUCGUGCUCAUCAGUCAACGUUGUGCCAUAUGGGCUAUCAUAUGGCAUAUCAAAUAAUGCUCUGUAUAGAUUCAAUAUUCAAGUGUCCCGAAACUCUGCGUUGUUCCUCAUUUCCUCACAGUCUUAUCAGCAGUAAAAUCCCAUUUUAAGGAAAUUUGUGAUUUACAAUGUGCUGUUAAUAAUAAUGGCAAAGUCAUUGCACACAGAUGGUCUCCCCUCUCUCUGAUUUACACAUUCUAUUCAUUUUCCCAGACACCCAGAUUUUGCUCAGUUCAGGGUUUGAUUGAAAAGCUCCAGAAGUUUCACCCUACACAGCAUUAGCCUCAGGUCUCUCUUUAGUCUUUCCCUCUAUCAGCACUUUGGGACUGUGUUUGAUUGUGUAACUGAUGGAUUGACCCUUGAUUUCUAGCCACAUCCAUCUGUCUCUCCGCCACUAACUGUCCUGUGACAGGCUAGACCUGGACACGUCUCUGGGCUGACGACACUGUCCCACUCCUACAAAGAGAGAAAAAUGGCAAUCAAUUAGGAGCUUUCUAUCAACAGAAGAGGACUGGAAAGAGAUUUCAUGUUGCAAGCGAGUGAGAAUGGAAAGGAUGGCAGAGACAGUUUGCCAGGGAAAGGUCAAGAGAAAUGGCUCAGUUAAUACGACAGAAAAUACCUGCCAUGGCUGUGUUGUUAGAAGCUCUCCUUCAACACCACUCUGAUGUUUCUCUCUUUUUUGAGUGGGAGAGAAUAAGAACAACACCGCUGCCAUUUUCUCUGCGGGUGCAUAAGAAUACCUGUAACAAAGGAAUGUAUGUAAUCGAUUAAAGGCCCAGUGCAGUAAAAAACAUGUGUUUCCUGUGUUUUAUAUAUAUUUCCACACUAUGAGGUUGGAAUAAUACUGUGAAAUUGUGAAAAUGAUGAUAGUGCCCUUUUAGUGUAAGAACUGUUUGAAAAGCGCCUGCAAUAUCAGCCUCUUUUGGUGGGAUAGAGGUUUGGCUGCCUGGUGACAUCACCAGGCGGUAAAUAAAUUAAUAGACCAAUAAGAAAGAAAGUUCCAUACCUCUCUGCCAAUAACAGCUAGUUUUCUGUUUUUCCCUCCCUACUCAGAACACUCCCAGACAGGCCCAGCAAAAUUAUUGCUUGAGAAAUUGCUUUUUACUAAGAAGCUAUUUUUGUUUAUUGUUUUACCAUUUUAAUUGAAAACAAUCAAAGUAACUUAAUUGUUACCCAGAAAUGAUUUGAUAUUGAGAUAAAAUGGCUGCAUUGGUCCUUUAAGUAUUGCAUGUGGGUGUAAGGAAGGAGAGAGAGAGAGCAGAGGAGAGGAGAGGGCGUACUGUACAGUCGUGGUCAAAAGUUUUGAGAAUGACACAAAUACUAAUUCUGCUGCCUCAGUUUUGAUGAUGGCAAUUUGCAUAUACUCCAGAAUGUCAUGAAGAGUGAUCAGAUGAAUUGCAAUUAAUUGCAAAGUCCCUCUUUGCCAUGAAAAUGAACUUAGUCCAAAAUAAACAUUUCCACUGCAUUUCAGCCCUGCCACAAAAGGACCAGCUGCCAUCAUGUCAGUGAUUCUCUCGUUAACACAGGUGAGAGUGUUGAAGAGGACAAGGCUGGAGAUCACUCUGUCAUGCUGAUUGAGUUAGAAUAACAGACUAGAAGCUUUAAAAGGAGGGUGGUGAUUGAAAUCAUUGUUCUUCCUCUGUUAACCAUGGUUACCUGCAAGGAAACACGUGCCGUCAUCAUUGCUUUGCACAAAAAUGGCUUCACAGGCAAGGAUAUUGCUGCUAGUAAGAUUGCACCUAAAUCAACCAUUUAUCGGAUCAUCAAGAACUUCAAGGAGAGAGGUUCAAUUGUUGUGAAGAAGCUUCAGGGCGCCCAAGAAAGUCCAGCAAGCGCCAGGACCGUCUCCUAAAGUUGAUUCAGCUGCGGGAUCGGGGCACCACCAGUGCAGAGCUUGCUCAGGAAUGGCAGCAGGCAGGUGUGAGUGCAUCUGCACGGACACAGUGAGGCGAAGACUUUUGGAGGAUGGCCUGGUGUCAAGAAGGGCAGCGAGGAAGCCACUUCUCUCCAGGAAAAACAUCAGGGACAGACUGAUAUUCUGCAAAAGGUACAGGGAUUGGACUGCUGAGGACUGGGGUAAAGUCAUUUUCUCUGAUGAUUCCCCUUUCCGAUUGUUUGGGGCAUACGGAAAACACCUUAUCUGGAGAAGACAAGGUGAGCGCUACCAUCAGUCCUGUGUCAUGCCAACAGUAAAGCAUCCUGAGACCAUUCAUGUGUGGGGUUGCUUCUCAGCCAAGGGAGUGGGCUCACUCACAAUUUUGCCUAAGAACACAGCCAUGAAUAAAGAAUUGUACCAACACAUCCUCUGAGAGCAACUUCUCCCAACCAUCCAAGAACAGUUUGGUGAUGACCAAUGCCUUUUCCAGCAUGAUGGAGCACCUUGCCAUAAGGCAAAAGUGAUAACUAAGUAGCUCGGGGAACAAAACAUCAACAUUUUGGGUCCAUGGCCAUGAAACUCCCCAGACCUUAAUCCCAUUGAGAACUUGUGGUCGAUCCUCAAGAGGCGGGUGGACAAACAAAACCCCACAAAUUCUGACAAACUCCAAGUAUUGAUUAUGCAAGAAUGGGCUGCCAUCAGUCAGGAUGUGGCCCAGAAGUUAAUUGACAGCAUGCCAGGGUGGAUUGCAGAGGUCUUGAAAAAGAAGGGUCAACACUGCAAAUAUUGACUCUUUGCAUAAACUUAAUGUAAUUGUCAAUAAAAGCCUUUGACACUUAUGGAAUGCUUGUAAUUAUACUUCAGUAUACCAUAGUAACAUCUGACAAAAAUAUCUCAUAACACUGAAGCAGCUAACUUUGUGAAGACCAAUACUUGUGUUUUGACCACGACUGUACAUAAAGUUGAAGUCGGAAGUUUACAUACACUUAGGUUGGAGUCAUUAAAACUCGUUUUUCAACCACUCCACAAAUGUCUUGUUAACAAACUAUAGUUUUGGCAAGUCGGUUAGGACAUCUACUUUGUGCAUGACACAAAUCAUUUUUCCAACAAUUGUUUACAGACAUAUUAUUUCACUUAUAAUUCACUGUAUCACAAUUCCAGUGGGUCAGAAGUUUACAUACACUAAGUUGACUGUGCCUUUAAAGAGCUUGGAAAAUUCCAGAAAAUGAUGUCAUGACUUUAGAAGCUUCUGAUAGGCUAAUUGACAUCAUUUGAGUCAAUUGGAGGUGUACCUGUGGAUGUAUUUCAAGGCCUACCUUCAAACUCAGUGCCUCUUUGUUUGACAUCAUGGGAAAAUCAAAAGAAAUCAGCCAAGACCUCAGAAAAAAAAGUGUUCAUCCUUGGGAGCAAUUUCCAAACGCCUGAAGGUACCACGUUCAUUUGUACAAACAAUGGUACGCAAGUAUAAACACCAUGGGACCACGCAGCCAUCAUACCGCUCAGGAAGGAGACGCGUUCUGUCUCCUAGAGAUGAACGUACUUUGGUGCGAAAAGUGCAAAUCAAUCCCAGAACAACAGCAAAGGACCUUGUGAAGAUGCUGGAGGAAACAGGUACAAAAGUAUCUAUAUCCACAGUAAAACAUGUCCUAUAUCUACAUAUACAGCAAGGAAGAAGCCACUGUUCCAAAUCUGCCAUAAAAAAGCCAGACUACGGUUUGCAACUGCACAUGGGGACAAAGAUCUUACUUUUUGGAGAAAUGUCCUCUGGUCUGGUGAAACAAAAAUAUAACUGUUUUGCCAUAAUGACCAUCGUUAUGUUUGGAGGAAAAAGUGGGGGCUUUUAAGCCGAAGAACACCAUCCAAACGUGAAGCACGGGGGUGGCAGCAUCAUGCUGUGGGGGUGCUUUGCUGCAGGAGGGACUGGUGCACUUCACAAAACAGAUGGCAUCAUGAGGAAGGAAAAUUAUGUGGAUAUAUUGAAGCAACAUCUCAAGACAUCAGUCAGGAAGUUAAAGCUUGGUCGCAAAUGGGUCUUCCAAAUGGACAAUGACCCUAAGCAUACUUCCAAAGUUGUGGCAAAAUGGCUUAAGGACAACAAAGUCAAGGUAUUGGAGUGGCCAUCACAAAGCCCUGACCUCAAUCCUAUAGAAAAUGUGUUGGCAGAACUGAAAAAGCGGGUCUGAGCAAGGAGGCCUACAAACCUGACUCAGUUACACCAGCUCUGUCAGGAGGAAUGGGCCAAAAUUCACCCAAUUUAUUGUGGAAAUCUUGUGGAAGGCUACCCAAAACGUUUGACCCAAGUUAAGCAAUUUAAAGGCAAUCCUACCAAAUACUAAUUGAGUGUAUGUAAACUUCUGACCCACUGGGAACGUGAUGAAAGAAAUAAAAGCUGAAAUAAAUCAUUCUCUCUCCUAUUAUUCUGACAUUUCACAUUCUAAAGUGGUGAUCCUAACUGUCUUAAGACAGGGAAUUUUUACUAGGACUAAAUGUCAGGAAUUGUGAAAAACUGAGUUUAAAUGUAUUUGGCUAAGGUGUAUGUAAACUUCCGACUUCAACUGUAUACUCUACCACUGUGCAAUGUUCUGUGUCUCUCUGCUAGCCGUGCUUCAGUAUCUACUCAGAGCUGUGGGUGAUGGUCAUUGAAGGGCCUGUGUAAUGCAUGUAAUAGGGGCUCAGCUCUGACUCAUAGAGCACAGGAAGCAGGAACCCAUGGCUGAACACUCAUCUCACCAGGGAACACACAUUCCCAUCACUUCAUUGCUUUUCCCAAGCAGAGGGCAGCCACUCUCAGAAGUGUUUCUUUUGGCAUUAUGUGUCUCAUACAGAAGUACUGUAGAAGUAGCAGUAUUUUAUUUUUUUGUAUUUUCUGUUUGAUAUUUCAUGUUGGCUUACUAAUGUCUAUCACCGUACGGCAAAGCAUACACAUGAAUCCCAGGCCAAGAGUGGGUGUAAGAUUGCCAGGAUGUCAAUUCAAAGGAAAUGCAUGAUGCAUAAAUAUGUAUUUGUCAUUCUUACGUUGCUCUGAUGUUAAAAGGAAUGUGUAUUCAAAGCAUUGUGUGUUUAAUGUUGCCCAGGUAACAGAGACCCGGACAGGCCCUCUCGGAUGCAGUAACUAUGACAACCUUGAUUCUGUCAGCUCUGUACUGGUUCAGAGUCCGGAAAACAAAGUCCACUUGCAAGGUCUGUUUCUUUUUGAUUCAUACCACUAUAUUGCAUUUGAAUGUCAGAACUUUGAUUACGCAUUCCUGUUAUGCAAAUCCUACACACCAUUGUCCACAAUGUUACAAGAAAUAAGAACAUGUGAAAUAUGUUUAAGGUUUAUAGCACUCCCUAUCAUAAAUUCCCAUACAAUAGCAUCUUCGAAGAGAUCCACACAUAACUUGACAACGCUUGUAGUGAAUAAAAUACCGUUUGGACCAUCAUUGUUCUGCUCUUACAUUGUUAGUGUACCAAGGCUAACAACUACACUUGAACUGCCUUGUGAUUCACCCACUAUAAAUCACUUGUUGCUAUCCUCUCAUACAGUACCAGAACUGGACACUUUGAUGGUGGUACUAAAUCCAGGCUGUGUUGUGUUGUUUUACAGGCCUGCAGGUUAUCCUGCCAGACUACCUGAGGGACAGUUUUGUCCAAGCUGCUCUAAGCUACAUCGCCUGUAACGGGGAGGGGGGCUUUGUCUGUAAGGACAAUGACUGCUGGUGCAAGUGUGACCCCAAGUUCCCAGAAUGCAACUGUCCCUACAUGGACAUCCAAGCCAUGGAGGACAGCCUACAAAGGAUCACUGAGACCUGGGCGACACUCUACAAGGAGUUUGAGGAUUCAGGUGAGGACAAAUUGGCUCUAGAACUUUUCUCAUUUAUUUUUAUAUCUCUGGUAGACAAACACGCCUUAGAGAUAAAAAUAGAACAAAUCCUUGGUUCUCUAUUGAACUUUCAGAUCUCAUUAUAAUGAGAAAUCAGGCUUGGGCCAAGGCUAGAAAACUGACUUGGUAGCGGAUUGGCAGCGUUUCAGGCAAUUGAGAAAUAUAUGUACUUCCACAAUAAAGAAAGCUAAAUCAAGCUACUUUUUAAGUUCUAUCUCAGACUUUGCUGGUGAUCUGUCAAAAUGUUGGAAAACAGUUCAUGCACUGAAGCGUGGAAAUUCCUGUCCUUCCCUGCAAGUUGUGUCAGACUCUGGCAUCAUUACUGAGAAAAAUUUGAUAAGUGAUGCUUUUAAUCAGCAUUUUAUCUCGGCAGGCUUUUUAUUUGAAAUAAAUUGUGAUUUAAUUGAGCCUGGUCGGUCAGCAAUCAGUCAAUUGAAAUAAAUUAAUUAGGCCCUAAUCUAUGGAUUUCACAUGACUGUGAAUACAGAUAUGCAUCUGUUGGUCACAGAUACCUUAAAAAAAGGUAAGGGCGUGGAUCAGAAAACCAAUCAGUAUCUGGUGUGACCACCAUUUGCCUCAUGCAGCGUGACACAUCUCCUUCGCAUAGAGUUGAUCAGGCUGUUGAGUGUGGCCUGUGGAAUGUUGUCCAACUCCUCAUCAAUGGCUGUGCGAAGUUGCUGGGUAUUGGCGGGAACUGGAACACGCUGUCGUAUACGUUCAUCCAGAGCAUCCGAAACAUGCUCAAUGGGUGACAUGUCUGGUGAGUAUGCAGGUCAUGGAAGAACUGGGACAUUAUCAGCUUCCAGGAAUCGUGUACAGAUCCUUGCAACAUGGGGCUGUGCAUUAUCAUGCUGGAACGUGAGGUGAUGGCGGCGGAUGAAUGGCACGAUAAUGGGCCUCAGGAUCUCAUCACGGUAUCUCUGUGCAUUCAAAUUGCCAUCGAUAAAAUGCAAUUGUGUUCGUUGUCCAUAGUUUAUGCCUACCCAUACCAUAACCCUACCGCCACCAUGGAGUACUCUGUUCACAACGUUGACACCAGCAAACUGCUCACCCACACGACGCCAUACACCAUAAACCAGGAUUUCCCAAACUCGGUCCUCGGGACCACAAGGUGUUUUGGUUUUUGCCCUAGCACUACACAGCUGAUUCAAAUAAUCAACUAAUCAUCAAUCUUUGAUAAUAUGGAUCAGCUGUGUAGUGUUAGGGCAAAAACCACAACUUGCACUACUUGGGGUACCGAGGACCAAGUUUGGGAAUUGCUGACAUCUGUCCAGUACAGUUUAAACUGGGAUUCAAUCGUGAAGAGCACACUUCUCCAGCGUGCCAGUGGCCAUCAAGGUGAGCAUUUGCCCACUGUAGUCAGGUCAAGACCCUGGUGAGGACAACGAUCACGCAGAUGAGCUUCCCUGAGACGGUUUCUGGCAGUUUGUGCAGAAAUUCUUCAUUGUGCAAACCCACAGUUUCAUCAGCUGUCCAGGUGGCUGGUCUCAGAUGAUCCCGCAGGUAAAGAAGUCAGAUGUGUAGGUGCUGGGCUGGCAUGGUUACACAUGGUCUGCGGUUCUGAGGCCGGUUGAACGUAUAGCCAAAUUCUCUUUGGAGGUGGCUGAUGGUAGAGAAAUGAACAUUCAAUUCUCUGGCAAUUGUUCUGGUGGACAUUCCUGCAGUCAGCAUGCCAAUUGCACACUCCAUCAAAACUUGAGACAUCUGUGGCAUUGUGUUGUGUGACAAAACUGCACAUUUUAGAGAGGCCUUUUAGCACAAGGUGCACCUGUGUAAUGAUCAUGCUGUUUAAUCAGCUUCUUGAUAUGCCAAAUCUCUCAGGUGGAUGGAUUAUCUUGGCAAAGGAUAAAUGCUCACUAACAGGGAUGUAAACACAUUUGUACACAACAUUUUAGAGAAAUAAGCUUUUGUGCAUAUGGAACAUUUCUGGGAUAUUUUAUAUCAGCUCAUGAAAUAUGGGACAAACACUUUACAUGUUGUGUUAAAAAUGUUGUUCAGUAUAGUUAAGAAAUUAACAUUUCAUUGAUAGGAAUAGGUCAUGUGUGAUGAGUGUGAUAGAAGGAGUCAGGCACAGGAGGGUCAUCACCGAAAACAGGCACAGGGGAAACUAUCUACCCUGGCAAUACACGGUAUGGGAUACUCCAAUAAUAUACAGGCACAGGGGACAUAUCUACCCUGGCAAUACAAAGUGCGAGUAGCUCCACCGAGCUACACUACUCUCACAAAUAACAAUCACCCACAAGUAAAAGGGGGGCAGAGGGAACACUUAUACAUGGACUAAUGAGGGUAUAAGAACCAGGUGUGUGUAAUUAACAAGACAAGACAAAUGGAAUGAUGAUAUAUGGAGCGGCAGUGGCUAGUAAGCCGGUGACGAUGAACGCCGAAGCCUGUCCGAACAAGGAGGGGAGGCAGCCUCGGCGGAAGUUUUGACAGUACCCCCCCUCCACUUGACGCGCAGCUCCAGCAGCGCACCGACCCCGGCCUCAGGGACGGCCAGGAGGACGCGGAGCAGGACGAGCCGGAUAGCGACGGUGGAAAUCCCGUAACAUGGAGGGAUCGAGGAUAUCCCUCACCGGGACCCAGCACCGUUCCUCCGGACCGUACCCCUCCCACUCUACGAGGUACUGAAGGCCCCCCACCCGACGCCUCGAAUCCAGGAUGGACAGAGUACGCCAGGGCCCCCUCAAUGUCCAGAGGAGGCGGAGGGACCUCCCGCACCUCAGACUCCUGGAGCGGACCAACCACCACCGGCCUGAGGAGAGACACAUGAAACGAGGGGUUAAUACGGUAAUCAGGGGGAAGUAAUAACCUAUAAGUGACCUCGUUGAUUCUCCUCAGGACUUUGAAUGGCCCCACAAACUGCGGCCUCAGCUUCCGGCAGGGCAGGUGGAGGAGCAGAUUCCGGGUCAAGAGCGAGACCCGAUCCCCAGUACGAAGAACUCACUGCGGUGGCGGUCAGCGUUGGCCUUCUGACGACGCACGGCGCACUGGAGGUAAACGUGGGCAGCGUCCCACGUCUCCCCCGCGUGCCAAAACCAGGCAUCCACUGCAGGAGCCUCGGUCUGGCUCUGGUACCACGGUGCCAGAACUGGUUGGUAACCUAAAACACAUUGGAAUGGCGUUAGGUUGGUAGAGGAGUGGCGGAGAGAGUUCUGAGCAUAUUCUGCCCAUGGCAAGAACACCGACCACUCCCCUAGCCGGUCCUGGCAGUAGGACCGCAGGAACCUACCCACAUCCUGAUUUACCCGUUCCACCUGCCCAUUUGACUCGGGGUGGAACCCAGAGGUCAGGCUGACCAAGACCCCCAGACGUUCCAUGAAUGCCUUCCAAACCUUGGACGUGAACUGGGGACCUCGGUCGGACACUAUAUCCUCUGGAACACAGUAGUGCCGGAAGACAUGAGUAAACAGGGCCUCUGCAGUCUGCAGGGCUGUGGGGAGACUGGGCAGAGGAAGGAGGCGGCAGGACAUGGAAAAGCGGUCCACAACGACCAGGAUGGUGGUGUUACCUUGGGAGAGGGGAAGAUCAGUCAAGAAAUCAACACUAAGGUGAGACCAUGGUCAUUGUAGAACUGGUAAAGGUUGUAACUUACCCACUGGGAGGUGCCUAGGUCCCUUACUCUGGGCGCACACCAAGCAGGAGGAGACGUACACCCUCACGUCCUUAGCCAAGGUAGGCCACCAGUACUUUCCGAUCAGGCAGCGCACUGUACAACCGAUACCUGGGUGACCAGAGGAGGGUGACGUGUGUGCCCAGAAGAUCAGACAAUCACGGAUAAGAGCAGGCACAUACCGCAGCCCAGCUGGACACUGAGGUGGAGAUGGAUCUGUGCGUAAUGCCUGCUCUAUAUACGCGUCCAUCGCCCAUACUACCGGCGCCACAAUGCAGGAGGCAGGGAGUAUGGGGGUGUUGUCUCUGGGCCUCUCCUCUAUGUCAUACAGCCGGGACAGUGCAUCUGCCUUCACGUUCUUCAUACCCGGAAUGUAUGACAGUGUAAAAUCAAACUGGGUGAAGAAUAGGGCCCACCUGGCCUGGCAAGGAUUCAGCCUCCUCGCUGCCCGGAUGUACUCCAGGUUACGGUGGUCCGUCCAGACGAGGAAAGGGUGUUUCGCCCCUUCAAGCCAAUGCCUCCACACGGUCAAAGCUCGGACUACAGCCAACAGCUCCCGAUCACCAACGUCGUAGUUCUGCUCCGCCGGGCUGAGCUUCUUAGAGAAGAAGGCACAGGGGUGGAGCUUGGGUGGCGUGCCCGAGCGUUGGGAUAGGACAGCGCCUAUCCCUACCUCGGACGCAUCCACCUCCACUACGAACGGUAGUGAUGGAUCGGGGUGGGCCAGUACCGGGGCUGAGGUGAACAGACCCCGCAGUCUCCUGAAGGCCAGGUCAGCCUCAGCAGACCAGCGGAGCCGGGACAGCCCACCCUUCAACAGGGAGGUAAUGGGAGCUGCGACCUUGCCAAGCCCCGGAAACCUCUGAUAGUAGUUGGCAAAGCCAAGGAAGUGCUGCACCUCCUUAACCGUGGUUGGAGUUGGCCAAUUACACACAGCUGAAAUGCGAUCUCCCUCCAUCUCCACACCUGAGGUGGUAAUGCGGUAUCCGAGGAAGGAGGCGGACUGCUGGAAAAACAUACACUUCUCUGCCUGGGCAUAAAGUUCAUUUUCCAACAGUCGGGCCAGCACUUUGCAAACCAGGGACACAUGCUCAACGCGCAUAGCGGAAUACACCAGGAUGUCAUCGAUGUAGACCACCACACCGCGACCAAGCAUGUCCCGAAACACCUCGUUCACAAAGGACUGGAAGACGGAUGGAGCAUUCAUGAAACCGUAGGGCAUCACCAGGUAUUCAUAAUGCCCCGUGGUUGUGCUGAAUGCUGUCUUCCACUCAUCCCCCUCCCGAACACGCACCAGGUUGUAUGCACUCUUGAGAUCUAAUUUGGUGAAGAAACGCGCCCCAUGCAUUGACUCAAUCACUGAAGGAGGGGGAGAGGAUAACUAAAUCUUAAAGUCUCCUUGUUCAGUGAUCGAUAAUGAAUACACGGGCACAGACCGCUGUCUUUCUUCUUCACAAAGAAGAAACUCGAGGAGGCGGGUGAAGUGGAGGGACGUAUAUACCCCUGGCCCAGGGACUCGGUCACAUAUGUUUCCAUAGCCUCCGUUUCAGCCUGCAACAGGGGGUACACAUAACUCCUGGGAGGUACAGCGUCUACCUGAAGGUUUAUCGCGCAAUCCCCCGCCCGAUGAGGUGGUAAUUUUUGUCACCAGUGAAAACACGUGCGCCAGAUCAUGGUAUUCGGGGGGAAUGCGCACGGUGGAGGUACCGUCUGGACUUUCCACCAUGGUUGCACCAACAGAAACACCUAGACACCUACCCUGACACUUUCGCGACCACCCCGUGAGAACCCUCUGCGGCCAUGAGAAGGUGGGGUUGUGGAGUGCUAGCCAAGGGAUACCUAAUACCACAGGGACAGCAGGAGACUCAAUAAUCGAAAAAGUAACCUGCUCACAAUGAGUCUCCUGGGUGAUCAUGUUGACUGGUACAGUGACUUCCUUUACAAACCCGGACCCUAAUGGUCGACUAUCAAGUGCUCUGAUGGGAAUGUGGAAUGGAUAAGGGAACCAUUGAAAUGCCUUGACGGCGUGAGAAUGCCCUGUCCAUAAAGUUCCCAGCUGCGCCUGAAUCGACUAGCGCCUUACACUGGGGAACUACCAUGUGAUCGGGAAAAUUGAUAGGUAGGGUACAGUACGUAGCAGAGGGUUCUGAACGAGUGUGGGUGUUCGAUACCUGGGGUGAUGCGAGAGUGCCCUGCCGCCUCCAGGCCCAAAAGAGCAUUGACUUUGACGUGUGGUGUACUGUCCCUUCGUGCCACCGGAGUGGCACUGUCGCUGUCGUCCUCCGCUCUCUCGGACGGCGACUCCAGCCAGCUCCAUCAGCUCGGGAUCCGAGUCGUCCGGGGUGGAAACGGGCAGACCCCUACUAGGACGUCCUCUGGCUGCCAGCAGGUUGUCCAAACGGAUGGCCAUGUCCACCAGUGUCGUGAAAGACAACAUGGUGUCCCGGCAGGCUAGCUCCAGUCGGACGUCCUCCCGCAGAUGGCACCGGAAAUGGUCGAUCAGGGCCCACUCGUUCCACCCGGACCCCGCUGCCAGAGUCCGAAACUCCAACGUGAAGUCAUGCGCGGUCCUCGUCCCCUGCCUCAGGUGGACCAGCCGCUCGCCCACCUCUCGGGCGGGUGAUCGAAGACCGCCCGAAAGAGGUGAGCGAACUCCCCGUAGUCCUCCAAACCGCGUUGGCCCACUCCAGGGCUUUCCCCGAGAGGCAGGAAACGAGGACGGACACCUUCUCCCGCUCCAAUGGCGCCGGCCUGAUGCUGGAGAAGUAAAGCUCCAGUUGGAGGAGGAAUCCUUGGCAGAGCACCGCCGUCCCGUCGAACGCCCGUGGUCGGGAUAUCUGGAUCCCCCCGGGUGCUGGGGUGUAGGUGGCUGGAUCCGGUUGGCCAGCUGGUCUCGACAGAUCGGGUUCUGUCCUCUCCAGGCGUUGGACGACCUGAAGAACCCGAUCCAUCGCUUCCCCCAAGCUGGCCAGCAUCAUGGAAUGCUCCUGUACCCGUGCCACGACUCCAGGCAUGCACUCUUCUCCCGCUGACUCCAUAGCAGGUGGGUGAUUCUGUGAUGAGUGUGAUAGAAGGAGUCAGGCGCAGGAGGGUAAUCACCGAAAUCAGAGUUUAUUCCGUCGUACACAAAUAGCGCUGAAUAGCGACACACGAAAACAGGCACAGGGGAAACUAUCUACCCUGGCAAUACACGGUACGGGAUACUCCAAUAAUAUACAGGCACAAGGGACAUAUCUACCCCGGCAAUACAAAGUGCGAGUAGCUCCACCGAGCUACACUACUAUCACAAAUAACAAUCACCCACAAGGACAAGGGGGGCAGAGGGAACACUUAUACACGGACUAAUGAGGAGAUAAGAACCAGGAGUGUGUAAUUAACAACACAAGACAAAUGGAAUGAUGAUAUAUGGAGCGGCAGUGGCUAGUAAGCCGGUAACGACGAACGCCAAAGCCUGCCUGAACAAGGAGGGGAGGCAGCCUCGGCGGAAGUCGUGACAUCAUGCCUUUCAUUAAAUAGCAGAAAACAAAUAAUUCAGUCGCCAUUCAUACCAGUUAUAGACAAUGGCGAUAUUAUCUAUAUGAAUGCAGCUGCCACUGUAUUGAAGUGAUUAGACACAGUUUAUCAUAGCGCACUACACUUUAUUACAGGCGAUAGGUUCAGUACACAUCACUGCAUUCUGUAUCAGAAAGCAGGCUGGCCCUCUUUGAAGUCUUGUAGAUCGAUGCAUUGCACUCUUUUUGUUUAUAAAGCGUUUCUGCAUAAACCUCUGCUGUACCUUACUACAUUGUUAACUUACAGACGUAUGAUAUACCAGACCCAGUCUCAGGGAUGGCUAACUCUGGAGAUCCCUUCGAUCUGCUUUUAGUUUAGUUUUUUUUUUUCACCUUACUUGUGGAAUAAUCUCCAAGACUCUCUCAAAUAAGCUGUUUAGCAUUUUGUGUAUUGAUGUGAAAAUGUAUGUGUACUGUAUGUUGAUGUGUAUAGUGUAUAUUGAUGUGUAUUAAUAUGUAUAUAGGGCUGAUCUGUAAAAGGGCCUGCUGGUCUCAGCCUGACUCCCUGUCAAAAUAAAGUUUAAAUAAAAAAUAAAUACAAAAUGUUGCUGAAACUAUUACACUUUUACUUUGAUAUAUGAAGUGUCCAGUGCAACUCAGUUGACAUGCAAUAUCUACAGGUCUCUUCAGCUAGCUUAGCUGUAAACUUACUCGUUGUGCAUGCAGUUGAUAAUUGAUAAAUUCAUAUGUGGACAAUCUUUGAAAAGUUUCUGUUGGGGAAAAUAUGAGCUGAAUAAAAGUGUUUUAUCAUAUGUCACACCCUUAAAGGUGGAGGACCGUUCCUCGGUGUGUACCACAGACGUUAUGAGAUAUGGUUGAAACAGUGUAAACCAUAAUGACUGACAGUGAAACCUGGGGGACUUGGCACAUGAUCUGUGUACAGCAAAUCAAAACCUGACAGGAUUGGAUUACAAAAAUAAACAUCUCCUUGCACAGGUAGUUUACAAUAUGUCUAGAACAGAUUAAUCAUACAUAAAAAACAUUUAUUACCAGUCCAGCACACAUUGGCAUAGUAACAGUUUAUGAAUGAGAGCACUUAGCAUAAUCUGGGGGUAUUAUUGCCUCUCUAGGUCACCCUGCAGUGGACAUGAUUGCUGAGGUGAAAUCAGAGUGGAUGGGCCUUUUUCUCUUCUAUUUUUGUGGUGUGUGAAAUAUCUGUAAGUGCAAUUACUUUCAAAGUGUAUGUUUUAAGAGCAGGGAGGAGAGGAGAGUGCAGGGGAGUGCCAGGAAUAAAGAGUUUCUCAGGUGUGGUCGUAAAUGUGUCCUUCGGUAAAGGAUAUCAAAGACGUUUCAACGUUCUGCUCUAUCAGCGGAAUGGGAUGCCAGCAGGAAGAAAGUAACCGUACAAACAUAGAACAUGGCAGUUCUGGAACCAAUGACAUUGUUCUCCUUUAGCCUUGAGGAAUGUGGAGACAUGUCUGAAGUGAUCAUAUGCACUUUAUUUUCAAACAUAGGACCAAACAGAAUGUGCAGGGAAAAUUCCAAUGCCUUUACAGUAAUACCUUUUGUAAGCAGAUUUGUUUCAUUGUUUUACUUUAAAUCAUUGUGUCCUGUUCAUUUCUUUACUUUACAUAAUUUCCAAGGGUUAAGAAAGUUCUGCCUCCACAGAUUUCCCCUGGCCAUACUCAUGGCAUGUUCAUUUAAAAACAAUCACCUUUAAAAAAGUUUCCUCUCCUUUUCAUUUUCGCUCUCUUUCUGACAGAUGAGUUCAAGACCUUCCUUAUGAGGCUCCCACAGAACUUCUUCCUGAACGUGUCGACGAUCCAGCACCUGUGGUCGUUGGAUGGCGUGUUCCAGUGGCGCUACGAGCAGCUGGAGAACAGCAUGAGUGUGCUCUUCAGACGAGCCCAGAGAGUGGUGUUCAAGCUCUUCAGCCUCAGCAAGAGGUGCCAGAGGCAGCCUCACAUCCGCCUACCCAGAGAAUGGUGAGAGUCCUGCUUUGCUCCCACAUUACACCUCUUACCACUGAGCCCCAUUUACACUUUAAUCACCCAUCCAGGAAGCUGAUAGAGAUCCUCUCUACCUCUCCCUGUGUGAGUGGGAGAAACAGGGAGCCAGCCAAGUAAUGUUUAUCUACUUUAUUACUGCUGCUCUGAGGAAAACUGGAAGCACUAUACUUUUUAUGUGUGAAGAGAAAUCUCCAUAGACUGUGGAGAGAUGGAGAGAGAAAGUGGAAUGUUUGUCAGUUUGCCUGGGAGUGAAGCGGAACACUUGAAAGGAUCCCCUACGUCCCGUUCGUUCGCAGCACUUCACACAGACGAUAUAUGAUUGAUUUCACUUCCUGGGGCCAGUUCCAAUGCUAACAAUGAAAUGAAAUGAAAUCAUUAAAUCACAUAUUAUUUGUCACAUGAUUCGUAAACAACUGGUGUAGACUGACAGUGAAAUGCUUACUUACGACCCGUAAGCAUUUCCAACAAUGCAGAGUAAAAAAUAAAGAUACAAAAUAUAAAAUAAAAAUAGAAAUAGUGACACGAGAAAUAGAUACACAGUGAAUAACAAAUAACAAUAACGAGUAAAAAUAACAUAGAUAUGUACAGGGAGUAGAAAAUAUUUACAUAAGUAUUCAGACCCUUUGCUAUGAGACUCGAAAUUGAGCUCAAGUGCAACCUGUUUCCGUUGAUCAUCCUUGAGAUGUUUCUACAACUUGAUUGGAAUCCACCUGUGGUAAAUUCAAUUGAUUGGACAUGAUUUGGAAAGGCACACAACUCUCUCUAUAUAAGAUCCCACAGUUUACAGUGCGUUUUAGAGCAAAAACCAAGCCAUGAGGUCAAAGGAAUUGUCCGUAGAGCUCCGAGACAGGAUUGUGUCGAGGCACAGAUCUGGGGAAGGGUAAAAAAUACAUUCUGCAGCAUUGAAGGUCCCCAAGAACACAGUGACCUCCAUCAUUCUUAAAUGGAAGAAGUUUGGAACCACCAAGAUUCCUCCUAGAGCUGGCCGCCCAAACUGAGCAAUCGGGGGAGAAGGGCCAUGUUCAUGGAGGUGACCAAGAUAGUCAGGGAGGUGACCAAGAACCCAAUGGUUUCUCUGACAGAGCUCCAGAGUUCCUCUGUGGAGAUGGGAGAACCUUCCAGAAGGACAACCAUCUAUGCAGCACUUCACCAAUCUGGCCUUUAUGGUAGAGUGGCCAGACGGAAGCCACUCCUCACAUGACAGCCCACUUGGAGUUUGCCAAAAGGUACCUAAAGGACUCUCAGACCAUGAGAAACAAGAUUCUCUGGUCUGAUGAAACCAAGAUUGAACUCUUUGGCCUGAAUGCCAAGCGUCAUGUCUGGAGGAAACCUGGCACCAUCCCUACGGUGAAGCAUGGUGGUGGCAGCAUCAUGCUGUGGGGAUGUUUUUCAGCGGCAGGGAAUGGGAGACUAGUCAAGAUCGAGGGAAAGAUGAACGGAGCAAAGUACAGAUGGAUCCUUGAUGAAAACCUGCUCCAGAGCUCUUAGGACCUCAGAGUGGGGCGACGGUUCACCUUCCAACAGGACAACGCCACUAAGCACACAGCAAAGACAAUGCAGGACUGGGUUCGGAACAAGUCUCUGAAUGUCCUUGAGUGGCCCAGCCAGAGCCCGGACUUGAACCCGAUCGAACAUCUCUGUAGAGACCGGAAAAUAGCUGGGCAGCGAUGUUCCCCAUCCAACCUGACAGAGCUUGAGAGGAUCUGCAGAGAAUAAUGGGAGAAACUCCCCAAAUACAGGUGUUCUAAGCGUGUAGCAUCAUACCCAAGAAGACUUGAGGCUGUAAUCGCUGCCAAAGGUGCUUUUUUAUUUACAUAUACAAAGCACACACCGUGUUGAUGAUCAGCAUGGCAGAUGUGUUGUUGCCUACCCUCACCACCUGGGGGAGCACAUCAGGAAGUCCAGGAUCCAGUUGCAGAGGGAAGUGUUCAGUCCCAGGGUCCUGAGCUUGGUGAUAAGCUUGGAGGGGACUAUUGUUUGAAUGCUGAGCUGUAGUCAAUAAACAGCAUUCUUACAUAGGGAUUCCCUUUGUCCAGGUGGGUGAGGCCAGUGUGGAGUGCAAUAGAGAUUGCGUCAUCUGUGGAUGUGUUGGGGCAGUAUGUGAAUUGGAGUGGGGCCAGAGUGUCUGGGAUGAUGGUGUUGAUGUGAGCCGUAACCAGCCUUUCAAAGCAUUUCAUGGCUAUAGAUGUGGGUGUGAUAGUCAUUUAGGCAGGUUACCUUGACAUUCUUGAGCAUGGGGACAAUGGUGGUCUGCUUGAAACAAGUUGGUUUUACGGACUAGGUCAGGGAUUGGUUGAACAUUUCAGUGAAGACACUUGCCAGCUGGUCAGCGCAUGCUCUGAGUAUGCGUCCUGGUAAUCCGUCUGGCCCUGGGGCCUUGUGGAUGUUAACCUGUUUUAAGGUCUUACUUGCGUUGUCUACGGAGAGCGUGAUCACACAGUCGUCCGGAACAGCUGGUGCUGUCAUGCACGGUUCAGUGUUGCUUGCGUCAAAGCAAGCAUGGAAGGCAUUUAGCUUGUCUGGUAGACUCGCAUUGCUGGGCAGCUCGCGGCUGGGUUUCCUUUUGUAAUCUGUGAUAGUUUGCAAGCCCUGACACAUUGUUGAGCGUCAGAGCUGGCGUAGCAGGAUUCGAUCUUAGGAAGUGUUCAAAAUGUACACAAUUCUUACCCAGAAGAAAAUGGGGGAGGGUCAUGCUUUUUCAAUUUCAAUCAGGCGAGGGUUUAAUAUUAUUUUAUUUAGUCCAGGGGAGGGUCAUGCAAUUUGUAAUCAAUUAAUAAACCUAAAGCAAUGGUAAAUAUAAGCACUGGCGGUAGCGCUAUAGGUUCGGGGGUGUGUCAGAAAUAUUUUAGCUAUUUUCACAACCAAAAAUUAUCAGAGCAGUGCUGGUGGUGGCACGAACAGACUUUUGAUGAAUAAAUCAGUUGUGGGUGUGUCAAGGCUUGGCACCCUCACUGGCCAAUCAGAACGUCCUCCAUGGCUAAAUAUGUGGUUGAUUCAAGUUGUGCAUUUAUGGUAUUUUAUGUAUUGCCUUGGAAUCAACUCCAAUGUUAGUUCGUUAUAGUUUGUUACACAGCUUACAGAGGAGCGAAAUAACAAAAUGUAGACCCAUCCCAUCGGUGCUGAAUAUGUUAACUUGAAACUGUUUGCAGUCAACAUUGUUCUAAGUAAUUGCAUGGCUUCAAUGUGGAAAUAUACAGUGCAUUCGGAAAGUAUUCAGACCCCUUGACUUUUCCAUAUUUUGUUACGUUACAGCCUUAUUCUAAAAUAGAUUAAAUAUAUGUUUUCCUCAUCAAUCUACACACAAUACCCAAUAAUAACAAAGCAAAAACUGUUUUUUAUAGAUUUUUCCAAAUGUAUAUUAAAAUUAUAUUUACAUAAGUAUUCAGACCCUUUACUCAGUACUUUGUUGAAGCACAUUUGGCAGCGAUUACAGCCUCGAGUCUUCUUGGGUAUGACGCUACAAGCUUGGCACACCUGUAUUUCGGGAGUUUCUCCCAUUGUUCUCUGCAGAUCCUCUCAAGCUCUGUCAGGUUGGAUGGGGAGCAUCGCUGCACAGCUAUUUUCAGGUCUCUCCAGGGAUGUUCGAUCGGGUUCAAGUCCGGGCUCUGGCUGGGCCACUCAAGGACAUUCAGAGACUUGUCCCGAAGCCACUCCUGCGUUGUCUUGGCUGUGUGCUUAGGGUCGUUGUCCUGUUGGAAGGUGAACCUUGGCCUCAGUCUGAGAUCCUGAGCGCUCUGGAGCAGGUUUUCAUCAAGGAUCUCUCUGUACUUUGCUCCGUUCAUCUUUCCCUUGAUCCUGACUAGUCUCCCAGUCCCUGCAGCUGAAAAAUAUCCCCACAGCAUGCUGCUGCCACCAUGCUUCACCGUAGUGAUGGUGCCAGGUUUCCUCCAGAUGUGACGCUUGGCAGGCCAAAUAGUUCAAUCUUGGUUUCAUCAGACCAGAGAAUCUUGUUUCUCAUGGUCUGAGUCUUUAGGUGCCUUUUGGCAAACUCUGGAGCUCUGUCAGAGUGACCAUUGGGUUCCUGGUCACCUCCCUGACCAAGGCCCUUCUCCCCCGAUUGCUCAGUUUGGCCGAGCUGCCAGCUUUAGGAAGAGUUUUCUUCCAUUUAAGAAUGAUGGAGGCCACUGUGUUCUUGGAGUCCACCUGUGGUAAAUUAAAUUGAUUGGACAUGAUUGGGAAAGACACACACCUGUCUAGGUAAGGUCCCACAGAUGAUAGUGCAUGUCAGAGCAAAAACCAAGCCAUGAGGUCGAAGGAAUUGUCCGUAGAGCUCCGCGACAGGAUUGUGUAGAGUCACAGAUCUGGGGAAGGGUACCAAAACAUGUCUUCAGUAUUGAAGGUCCCCAAUCAAGUUGUUGAAACAUCUCAAGGAUGAUCAAUGGAAACAGGAUGCACCUGAGCUCAAUUUCGAGUCUCAUAGCAAAGGGUCUGAAUACUUAUGUAAAUAACGUAUUUCUGCUUUUAUUUUUUAUACUUUUGCAAGAAUUUCUAAAAACCUGUUUUUGCUUUGUCAUUAUGGGGUAUUGUGUGUAGAUUGAUGAGGGGGGGGGAAAUAAUGUAAUCAAUUUUAGAAUAAGGCUGUAAUGUAACAAAAUGUGGAAAAAGUCAAGGGGUCUGAAAGCUUUCCGAAUGCACUUUAUACAUAGCAUUCACAACGAUAUAGGGGCUAGGCCUACUGUAAAUUGCAUUAUGGCUAAGCAUGAACAUGCCGAACCUUCUCAAUAAGCAAGAUAACAUUAAUUAUUGAUAAGGUCUAGAAAGAGAGCAAUAAUUCGAAUCAAAUUCUAAACAAAACGAAACAACAAUUUGUUUUAAUAAGGUCGCUGUCCGUAAAUAUCCGUCAUUUGAAACUAAAGACAUCUGUUUUUUUGCAUUGGAUGCAUCCGCCUAUGUAACACUUCCGCAUCUGCAGUGAAAGAUGACAGAGCUAGAGCGGUGUUUGUCAGACCAUGAGACACAGAAAAUUGGUCUUCUCACAAAAUCGUCUGUAGCGUCAGAACGGUUUGGCCUAGAAACCACUAUAACCCAUCUAUGGAUAGAUGAGACUCUCACGAACACAAUGAUGUUCUCUAUGACCCCCACAAGCGUCCUGGGACUCGUCUAAAGUCAGUACAGCCGAUCUGCUAACUUCUGUCUGUAGCUUCCGAACAGUUUGGGCUACACUUUAAUGUGACCCAUCUGUGUAAAGGGGAGACUCUCACGAACACGUACAUGUCAGUUUGCUCUAGGACACCCACAGACCUCACAAGACUCAUCUGAAUGUCCCCCGGUAACAGUCGAAAAAAUUCAUGGAAGUAUAUAUGGAGACAGUUUAAAAAAUAAUGGGUUAGAUACAUGUAAAAUAAAUAAUAAUAAUAAUAAAUACAAUAAAAAAUAUUUCCUGAUCUUCUUAUAUCUCUCAGAUAUAGGUGACCGACUGCCUCGAUUCGGUCUUAUGUAGCAAAAUUUGAAGUUUUUUACAUUGGAUAAAAAGUAGAGACUCAGAGCUAGAAAAUGAUCUAUCAUACACUGCAGUUGAGGAACAACGGGAAAUUAAUACUGCUUUGAAAGUUGAUAAACUUGUAGACCCACUUUUGAGAAAAUGAAUGUUUUGGUACACCAACUGGAGAGGUCUUCUUAGUCUACACCCAUUCAGCAUUGUUCACACCCUCUUAAGCCUUAGCCGAACCCAUCUCUUUAAGAGUUCACAUGUGAGGCCAUGUGGUAAACACACGCUGUAUCAUAUAAAAUCUAAGUUUAUUUGUCACAUGCACAGGAUACAGACAGUGUAAACGGUACAGUGAAGUGGUUACUUGCAUAGUAGCAAUAUCAAAAACAGAAUGUGUCCAGAUAAAAAUAUUUGAUAAAUAUUUUAUCAUUAUUAGAUGACGCUUACCCGACACACUUGUCUAAAUUGAUUGUUCAUGUGAAGGAAAUGCUAUAACCAAUCCUCAACUAAGUGGAUGGGUCACUAUUGUCUAGACAUGUACACAUGUUCAUGAAAUACAAUAGAUGGCCAUAAUCACCUCCAGACACAUAUGGCUAAUUUGAUGGGUCAUGUAAUAAUCCGGCCGAAGUGGAGUCUUUUGUUUAGACAUGUAGCUAGUUAGGUAGCUAGCUAGCUAGCAUAACAAUGAACCGGCAUAAUCCCAACUCGUACUACUACCAAUACAAACAUUGGCAUAGCUGUAGUAUGAAUAUGCAGGUACCUAAAGCUAACAAACUAGGUUCAAUGUUAGCUAGCUAACAUUAGGCUAUAACUAGCAAUGCAAAUGAUUUGAAUAAUAUUACUACACAGAUCAUACACGUAAUGUUAGCUAGCGAGCCAGCAAGCUAAUGUUUGUUAUCUAACAGUAUACUUUAUCUUGCAAUAAAAAUGACUUUCUGACAAAAUGUGAAACUUAUAUCUGAAAAUGUAGCUAGACCCGUAUAUAUGGAUGAAUGCUUCACGGCAGACUGGAACCAUUUAACUCCGUUUUGUUUGUAGCAACAUCUUGUUUGGCCAGCGUUGUGUCCAGUCACUCCGGUUCACACUGACCGUGGCGUGUGCAGAAAAUAGGCCAUCACUUUUUCCAACUGAUCUGUCGAUACCGCCUGCUAAAUUCAGGGCAUCAAUGUUGUUGAGAAAAGUAGCAAAACUUUUGUAGUUCCCGAUGGCUAACGUUAUAUCUUUAAAAAACGGCGCGGUAGAAAAGACUGUCAACACAUACUGAACAGCUCACGUUAUAGACAGAAGCACGCUACAUGGCAGACCAAUCCAAACUCAUCUCCCGGUAUUUCCAGCCCAUCCAUUAUCUCAACCAAUCAUGGCUAGCGGGAAGGUUGCACAUUAUGAAGGAAUAAACUGCAGAGAGAUGGUGCCUCAGUUUUAUACAGCGAAUAAUAAUACGACUUCAGAGUUGGUUAAAGCUACACUUUGUGUUCUAACUUUCACCAUUAGUCCUAUUGAUGCAACUUUGCUCUCUAAAUGCCUCUUUCUUAAUAUUGUUCUAUUUUUUUCAAAGAUGUGCAUUAAUAAUGGUAUAUGUUUAUUGUUUUUUAUUUUUACUCACAUUAAGAGAAUACCUGUUACAAAGUACACUACAUUUACAAAAGUAUGUGGACACCCCUUCAAAUUAGUGGAUUCGGCUAUUUCAGCCACACCCGUUGCUGACAAGUGUAUAAAAUGGAGCACACAGCCAUGCAAUCUCCAUACUUUCCCAUUAAGAGAAUACCUGUUAGGAAGUACACUACAUAUACAAAAGUAUGUGGACACCACUUCAAGUUAGUGGAUUCGGCUAUUUCAGCCACACCCAUUGCUGACAAGUGUAUAAAAUCGAGCACACAGCCAUGCAAUCUCCAUAGACAAACAUUGGCAGUAGAAUGGCCUUACUGUAGAGCUCAGCGACUUUCAAUGUGGCACCGUCAUAGGAUGCCACCUUUCCGACAAAUCAGUUUGUCAAAUUUCUGCCCUGCUGGAGCUGCCCCGGUCAACUGUAAGUGCUGUUAUUGUGAAGUGGAAACGUCUAGGAGCAACAACGGCUCAGCUCCGAAGUGGUAGGCCACACAAGCUCACAGAACGGGACCGCUGAGUGCUGAAACACGUGGCGUGUAAAAAUCGUCUGUCCUCCGUUGCAAUACUCAAUACCGAGUUCCAAACUGCAUCUGGAAGCAACGUCAGCACAAUAACUGUUCGUCGGGAGCUUCAUGAAAUGGGUUUCUAUGGCCGAGCAGCCGCACACAAGCCUAAGAUCACCAUGCGCAAUGCCAAGAGUCGGCUGGAGUGUUGUAAAGCUCGCCCACAUUGGACUCUAGAGCAGGGAAAAGCGAGUGAUGAAUCACGCUUCACCAUUUGGCAGUCCGACGGACGAAUCUGGGUUCGGCAGAUGCCAGGAGAACGCUACCUGCCCCAAUGCAUAGUGCCAACUGUAAAGUUUGGUGGAGGAGGAAUAAUGGUCUAGGGCUGUUUUUCAUGGUUCGGGCUAGGCCCCUUAGUUCCAGUGAAAGGAAAACUUAACUCCACAGCAUACAAUGACAUUCUAGACGAUUCUGUGCUUCCAACUUUGUGGCAACAGUUUGAGGAAGGCCCUUUCCUGUUUCAACAUGACAAUGCCUCUGUGCACAAAGCGAGGUCCAUGAACACCUUUGGGAUGAAUUGGAACGCCGACUGCGAGCCAGGCAUAAUCGCCCAACAUCAGUGCCCGACAUCAUUAAUGCUCUUGUGGCUGAAUGAAAGCAAGUCCCCGCAGCUAUGUUCCAACAUCUAGGGGAAGCAUUCCCAGAAGAGUGGAGGCUGUUAUAGCAGCAAAGGCGGGACCAACUCCAUAUUAAUGCCCAUGAUUUUAGAAUGAGAUGUUCGACGAGCAGGUGUCCACAUAUCUUUGGUCAUGUAGUGUAUAAUUGUGCAACAAAAGUUUAUCAGUAAACCAAUUCAAUUCACAUCCAUUUUAAUUGCCAAAAGUUCUGUUCUAUGUUGUCUGUCUCUCUGUCUACUUCCCAGGCCCCAGUCCUACUGGCUGAUCCACUUCCAGUCUCUCCUCUACUGUUCUGAGAACAACCAGCUGGGUUCCUUCUCUGAGGAGCUCCACAGCUGUACCUGCAGCUACGAGCACAGCCCUUGCCAGCUGCCCCCACCAUGUGCCAUCGGAGAGGGUCCCGCCUGUGCAGCCUGCGCCCCAGACAACCACACCCGAUGUGGGAGCUGCAACCCUGGCUACGCCCUAACCCAGGGGGCCUGCAGACCCAUGGUGGCUGACUCAACAGAGAACUACCUGGGCUUUGAGACAGACCUACAGGACCUGGAGCUGAGAUAUCUCCUGCAGAGGGCCGACCGUAGGCUGGAGGUAAAUACAUGGCUGUUUAGAUUUUGUGAACGAUUUUGUGGAUAAGUUGCAGAGAUAUGUUAUAUGUAAUACAGUUGAAUAGGAUCUUGAAAAAGUAGAUAGACAUAUUGUCCUAACAACUUAAACAACCGUAUCUGUCCAUCCAGGUCCAUGCCAUCUUCAUCAGCAACGACAUGCGUCUGAACAGCUGGUUUGACCCGUCCUGGAGGAAGAGGAUGCUGCUGACGCUGAAAAGCAACAAGUACAAGUCCAACCUGGUCCACAUGCUGCUGGGGGUGUCUCUCCAGAUCUGCCUGACCAAGAACAGCACCCUGGAGCCCGUCCUCACCCUAUACAUCAACCCCUUCGGAGGCAGCCACUCUGAGAGCUGGUACAUUCCAGUCGGUGAGAACAGCUUCCCAGACUGGACGGCCACCAAACUGGACCUGCCCCUGGAGUGCUUCAACUGGACCCUGACGCUGGGCAACAAGUGGAAGACCUUCUUUGAGACCAUCCACAUCUACCUGCGGAGCCGGAUAAAGACGCAGGGCAGUGGAGGUCCGGCGGGGGCUGUGAACGACAGCCUCUACUAUGAGCCAUUAGAAAUGGUGGACCCUUCACGGAAUCUGGGCUACAUGAAGAUCAACAGCAUCCAAGUGUUUGGCUACAGCAUGCACUUUGACCCAGAAGCAAUCCAUGACCUGAUCCUGCAGCUGGACUACCCAUACACCCAGGGCUCCCAGGGCACGGCCCUGCUGCAGCUGCUGGAGAUCAGGGACCGGGUCAACAGACUGUCCCCUCCGGGUCAGCAGAGACUGGACCUGUUCGCCUGUCUGCUCAGACACCGGCUCAAACUGACCGCCAGCGAGGUGGUCCGCAUACACGCCUCCCUGCAGGCCUUCAGCAACCGCCUGCCCAACUCUCUGGAUUACGAGACCACCAAGCUGUGUAGU